AUGCAACCACAAAUUUUACACAGCCCAAGGCGGGCAGCGUAUAGCUGCCCUCUUUACAUUUUGAUAUUAUUCUUUUCUCUUUCUCGCUUUGUUUCCCUCUCCCUCUUCUCUUUACCCCACCCUCUCUACCAGAUGCAAUAUCUUCCCCUCAAUCUUUCUUUUUUCUUCUUCUCUUCCACGUUUUUCUUUUUCUCUUUCUUCCUUGUUUCUUCCAUCUUUUUUCGCCUCUCUUUUUUUCUUUCUUCACCUCCUCUUUUUCUCCCCUUGCUUCUUUUUUUCUGUUUCCCCUAUCUUUCUUCCCUAUUUCUUUACCUCCUCUCUUUCCCUCCGUUUCUUCUCUUUCAUUCCUGUUUCUUCUCUUCCUCUCUUUCUCUAUCUUGCUUCUUCUUUUCAUUUUUGCCCCUCUUUCUUCUCUUCCUCCUUUUCUCCCCACUUUCUUCGCUCUUCUUUUUCUUCUCCCUCUCUCUUUUCUCCAUUCUUUAUUCGCUCUUUUUUCUUGUUAUUCGCCCCCUCUGUCUUUUUUCCUCUCUUUCUUCUUUUCCUCUCUUUCUGCUUCGCCACUCUUCAUCUAUCACCUCCAUUUUUACCUGUUUUUAUUUCGCAUAUUCCAUGUCUCACAUGUUUAUUGUCGUUCUACACUUUUCUCUCAUUCUUUCUAAACUAUCAACCAGUUCUCGUACCCCUCUCAAACCACCAUCCAGUUCAAGCACCCCUCUGAAACUACCAACCAGUUCAAGCACCCCUCUGAAACCACCAACCUUCCAUUCUUAUCUAUCUAUCUAUCUAUCUAUCUGGCUAGCUAUCUAUCUAGCUAGAAAUGUUCUUAUUUAUCUAUCUAUUUCAAUCAAUGGAGGUAAUCAAAAUAUCUAUCUAUCUAUCUAUCUAUCUAUCUAUCUAUCUAUCUAUCUAUCUACAUAA